GGAUUUUUGCCUCCAGUUACAUUUCCGCAUAUUUGCACCAAACAAAACUAUAACCACAACUAGGAAACUUUAAGGAAGCGGGAAAAAAAAUUGGCAUUGAUCCCCUGGGUUGUUACUAUAACCUUAUCUUUUUCUGCAGCGCUUCCUUGUGCUGCGCACCGGGAUGUGGAGAGGGGCCCAGCGGGGCCCGCCUCCUCUGGUCCGACCAGGUGCGCAGCCCUUCACUCCCGCAGAUCGCUGGAUUCUCCAGCCUGGUGCACAGCGAGAGCAGCGAGGCAUGGCGAGAUCCAAGGCCAGGGUGUACACUUGUUGCGCGCUGCUUGUUGUUGUUGUGAUCGCCAUCAUCGUGAUCAUAACUGUCACUACGAGACGCAGGUGCGCGGACGACACUUUCUCGAAAGCUGCCGUAGCCGCAGACGCGAGGAAAUGCUCAGAGAUUGGAAGGGACAUGCUGCGACGAGGCGGCUCGGCGGUAGAUGGCGCCAUCGCCGCGCUUCUGUGCACCGGCAUCAUGAACCCGCAGAGCGCGGGGAUCGGAGGGGGGGCCAUUUUCACCGUGAUGGACAGAUCUGGUCAAGUGAAGAUCAUCAACUCCAGGGAGACCGCGCCGUCAAAGGUGGACCCUGAUCUGCUGAAGUCCUGCCCAUUAAACCGGUCAGGAAGCAAAUGGAUUGGUGUGCCAGGGGAAAUUCGAGGCUACGAAUUGGCGCACAAACUUUAUGGAAAACUGCCGUGGGCCGCGCUCUUCCAGCCGACCAUCAAGCUGGCCAGAGAGGGAUUCCCUAUUCCUCCGGUCCAAGGAUUGUUCAUCCCACUCAUUAACAAUUCGCUGACCGCAAGGAAACUAUAUUCAGAUGAAACUGGGACCCUGCUGAAGACCGGAGACAAGAUCAAGUUUGAGAAACUGGCCGACACUUUGGAGCUGAUUGCAAACAAAGGAGCGUUCGCCUUCUACACCGGAAGGGUAGCGGAGGAUUUAGUCCGUGACGUGCAGCAGGAAGGAGGAAACCUGACGCUGGAAGAUUUGGCAUCAUAUAAGGCCACAGUGACCGAGGCGUGGGUUGCCCCAGUGGGAGAGUACCAGAUGUACAUACCCCCGCCCCCGUCAGGAGGACCGCUCCUCAGCCUCGUCCUCAACAUCAUGAAAGAGUAUCAGGUGAGGUCGGCCCCUCUUUCUGUUGAGGAAAAGAUUCGGUUUUAUCACCGCUAUGUUGAAGCUUUUAAAUUUGCCAACGGACUAAAGAGGCACAUUCGGGACCCACGCUUCAAAUCAGACAAAAUGGCAAAGGAAAUAAUAGCAGAAAGUUUUGCCAAACACAUAGGGAGCCUGAUCAGCAGCGACAGGACACACGACAACCAGUAUUACAAUCUCACCACGUAUCUGGACAGUCUGGGCACCACGCACGUGUCCGUUCUGGCCGAAGACGGGUCAGCCGUCGCCGUCACCAGCACCAUCAACUACAUGUUUGGCUCCAAGGUCUACUCUCCCAGCACUGGGAUAUUCCUGAACAACCAGCUGUCGGACUUUUGUGGAAGGGUCGAUAACGUCUUUCCCGGGGAGCAGCCCCCCUCCUCCAUGACCCCCGUUGUGCUGAAGUCAAAGUGGAAGACGCUGGUGAUUGGAGCGAGUGGUGGGAGCAUGAUCACGACGGGGCUGGCCUCGGCUCUCAUCAACCACCUUUGGUUUGGGAAGAGCCUUAAAGAGGCGAUUGAUACUCCGGUUGUCUAUGUUGACUCUGAAAACAAAGUGAAGUUCGAACCCAAGUUUGACGAGGGUGUCAUCAAGGCUCUCAGAGCGUUUGGGCACAAAAACGAAACGGCAAGGAAAUUCUACAAUGUGGUUAACGCUGUGGAGAAAAAGGACGGCUGCAUCUGUGCUGUGUCUGACGACAGGAAACUGGGUGAAGCAGCUGGUUACUGACAAAACCAGUCAGUAACGCUGGUAACGGAGGAUGUCCUGAAAAUGAGCGAGAUCUUCCUGCAGCAGAAGGUGUCUGUUGUUCUUGAACAUCACUGAAAGAGAAGCGAAGAAACGGGUUUAAUUUGCAGAGCCCCUGCAGAAACACGCCUUCCUGACAGACUGUUGUCGUUACAAGGAAAAGAAAGAAAAAGAAAAAAAAGAGACUUUUCUUUUAGCACUGCAAGUCUGUGCGUGUUUUUCUAAGUGCAAGUCUGGAAUGCUUCUUGUUUCCCUUUACAUUUCAUUGAAACAUUUUCAGAUUUUCACUGGCAACCCUGAUGGGCCUGUGGUCUCUGUCGGCGACACUGGAGGACCGUUGUUUGAUGUUGACAUAUUGCUCUUCAUCUCAUUUCUGUUAAUAGCUCUGGGGAAAAAGUCACAGUGAUAAUGACCGCUGGCCACACAACCCAGGCCACAUUUGUAGAAAGAUACCAAAGAUACCAAAGAUGUAUUUUUUAAUAACAGUCUUUUAUAUACAUGCAUUGACAAACACUGGACUUUCAGAGCAAUCGCUGUCCGAAUGUAUUUGUACUUGAUCAGCAGGUCUUUGAGUAAAUCCUAAAAUGUAACGUGCAAAAUAAAAAUCUAAAAAUCUGUGCAU